AUGACUGAUUUUGCUAAAGUAUUUAAUAUUUAUUCCACGGAAUCCAAUCAAGAUCAACAAGAAGAGAAUCAAACAUUUGGAGAAGUAAAACGAGCUAAUGCUAGUAUUAAUCAAGAUUUUUCGAAGAAUUUUGUUAGAGUUACAAUAAAAAUUCCUAAGAUGAAAACCGGUAUGAAUUGGCGUAAAUUAAUACGUCAGCCAAAUAAUGGGAUAAUAACAGAAGCUACAUAUCAUGGAAAUCGACUGAAUUUUGAAUUUAUUCUUAAUCGAGGUAAAUCAAAUGAAACGAAAUAUGAAUUUUCAACUCGAGAACCACUUCACGGACCAAUUGAAUAUCAUAAAAGUUUUUUAAAAUAUAAAGAUGAAUAUGUUCUUUGGUUUGUUCAUAAAUCUCAACCUUGGUAA